AUAUGUUCUAAAAGUUGAUGAUACCAACUGGCUAACCUUACUUUAUUGUGUAUGUUUUGUGCGUCUGUUACCACGUGUGGUGUUUGCAUUUUGCAUUUGCGGCGUUUUAUUUCUGAAACCCUUCAUAAAUUAAUUUCAUAAUAAUGGGUCCACCAGGAUUCUCACGAGGUGGUGGUGGAGGACGAGGUGGCCGAGGCGGCGAUCGCGGCGGUCGUGGUGGUUUCGGUGGGGGCCGAGGCGGCGAUCGCGGCGGUCGUGGUGGUUUCGGUGGGGGCCGAGGUGGUCGUGGUGGUUUCGGAGGUCGUGGAGGCGGCCGAGGUGGUAGCGAUGGAGGCAGAGGUGGCCGUGGUGGCUUUGGAGGACGUGGUGGUGGCCGCGGCGGCGGCAGAGGCCGUGGGGGUGGCAGAGGAGGAGGAGGGGGUUUCAAGGGUGGCAAAACAAUAAUCAUCGAGGCUCAUAGGUUGCCAGGAAUAUUCGUGGCUAGGGGUAAAGAAGAUUGUUUGGCAACAUUGAAUUUAGUUCCCGGUUCCGAAGUUUAUGGAGAGAAAAGGGUCUCUGUCGAAACUGAAGGUCAGAAAAUCGAGUACAGGUUGUGGAAUCCAUUCAGAAGUAAAUUGGCUGCAUCUAUAUUAGGAGGUGUUGAAGAUGUCUUCAUUUCGCCUGGAAAGAAAGUUUUAUAUUUGGGUGGUGCAUCAGGAACCACAGUAUCCCAUGUUGCAGAUAUUGUUGGAGCAGAAGGUAUGGUAUAUGCCGUCGAGUUCUCCCCUAGGUCAGGAAGAGAUCUCAUAGAUGUAGCUAAAACAAGGACCAACAUUGUUCCUAUUAUUGAGGAUGCAAGACAUCCACUCAAAUACAGGAUGUUAGUAGGAAUGGUUGAUACGAUCUUUGCAGAUGUUGCUCAACCAGAUCAAGCAAGAAUUGUUGCUUUAAAUGCUGAGUUGUUCCUAAAGAACGGAGGCCAUUUUGUUGUUUCCAUUAAAGCUAGUUGUAUUGAUUCAACAGCAAACCCAGAACAAGUUUUUGCCUCUGAAGUAGCAAAAUUGAAGACGGAAAAGUUUAGGCCACUCGAGCAGUUGACUUUAGAACCUUACGAGAAAGAUCAUUGUGUACUCACAGGAAUUUAUAGACCAAUCACUAAAUAAAUGAGUGUCCUACUAAGAUUUUAAUUUCUUAUUGUUAUUGUAAAUAGUUAUUUUAUGUUUAAUUGACUUGUAAGUGUAAUACAGAAUAUACAUUUGUAUAAAA